AUGAAGGUACACUUCGAUAUCUUGCUAUCAAUCGCCAGUCUGGCUACAGCCACUGCCUCAGCAGGCUGUGGAAAGCCAUUGCCCAAUGAUCAGGGUGCCGAAGGAAUCUAUCCAACGGACUUCACCACAUCAGAUGACACUCUUCGGCCCUAUAUCAUCCACAUUCCGUCGAACUAUGACGAGAAUAGAGCAGUCCCGCUUACUUUCUCUUUUCAUGGGAGGUCAAAAACCGCGGAAAGUCAGGAGCAGCUUUCGCAAUUCAGCAAUGAAGCGUGGAAUCCGGAUGCUAUUGCGGUUUAUCCCCAGGGGCUUGAUAACCAAUGGCAAGGAGACCCAGAUUCUUCUGGAGUCGACGACGUGGCAUUCACCAUGGAAAUGCUCGACAACUUCGAGAAAAGAUACUGCAUUGAUUCUUCCCGUGUCUAUGCCGCCGGUAAAUCAAAUGGUGGGGGCUUCACAAAUCUCCUAGCCUGCGAUCCCACGGCCUUUAAAAGUAUUGACUAUUGCGGCAUUUGCCCCCGUUUCGGGUGCUUACUACCAGGACGUACCCGAGGACGCCUGCAAUCCCGAAAGGCACGGCCGACACGACAAUCCCUUACAAUGGAGGUGGUAGACGCGGAGAGUGUUUACCCUCUGUGCCACAUUUCGUCUGGGAGUGAGCAAAGAGGGACCGACUCGAGUUGCAGAAACAAACUACAGCGGUAA